AUGGGGAAGACCAUGAGCAUGGAUGUGAAACAUGGAGAGAAGAGAAUGGUUGGUGAAGUUCGAGAGGGUCUCGUAAAUAACCAAGUUGACAACAGUACAGGAGGAUCGAGGGAUACUAGUUCCAAACACAAAUUAGAUGGAAUAGUUGCUUUGCCAAUAUUGAGAGGAAUAGCGGCGGUGGCAGACAUGGGGAUGAAGGUUUCUCUGCUUUCUGCUGCAGUUGAUCUGCUUUUUCUGUGCAUUCUGUCGUCAGUUUAUGCACAAUCUUCUGAUGAAAGAAUGGCACUUCUUGGAUUGAAGAGAUCCUUUUCUGAUCCUCAAGGGAUUCUCGACAGCUGGAAUGCCGGUAGCUCCGACCACUGCUCGUGGUUCGGAGUUUCCUGCAGUUCCGAUUUCAGAGUUACUAGGCUGGAAAUCAGAGGUAAUAUCUAUAGCUCUCAUCCUUGCUCUAUCGAGUCGGAAUCGGCGAUGCAUGGUAUUAGAAUCACGAGAAACUGCUCGGGUUGGUCUGUGGCUAGUGGGACUCUAGGGGGAAGAUUAUCGGCUGUUAUAGGAAAGUUGACGAAACUUAGGGUUCUAUCGCUUCGUUAUAAUGGAAUUGGUGGUGAGAUUCCUUCUGAGAUAUGGGGAUUGACAAAUCUUCAAGUGCUUGAUCUUGAAGGGAAUGACUUUCUUGGUCGUUUCUCGGAUUUUGAAUUCUUCGCUUUGAGGGAUUUAAGGGUUCUUAAUCUUGCGUAUAACAGGGUUUUUGGGAGGUUUCCACCUUCUCUGUCGGAAUGUAGGGGCUUACGGAUUUUGAAUAUAGCGGGAAAUGGAAUCAUGGGCGUCAUCCCCGAUUUUCUCAUGGGGUUUGGGAAGUUGAGAGUUAUAAAUUUUUCGUUUAACCGGUUGGUUGGCUACAUUCCAAGUACUCUUGGAUACGAUUGUGCGUAUCUCGAGCAUUUGGAUCUGUCACAUAACUUCCUAAAAGGGAAAAUUCCACGUGCUUUAGAGAAGUGCAGCCUUUUGAGGACAAUUUUGCUAUCGUCAAAUGCACUACGUGGCGCUAUCCCUAACGAGCUUGGGAAACUUCGAAAUCUUGAAGUUUUAAAUGUGGCAAGAAAUGGAUUAAGUGGGCCUCUCCCUGCAAAUCUAGGGAAUUGUACUCGUUUGUCGGUUCUUGUCCUCACGGGUCACUUCAAUGCUCUUCGCGUGAAGAGUAAUCCACGUGGCAGAGUGCCUUAUAGAUCUUCCGAUGCAGCUUUGGGUCAUGAUAAUGAUUAUAACUCCUUCAAAGGUACCAUUCCUGAAGAUAUAACAACACUUCCAAAACUCGAGAUUUUAUGGGCUCCGGGCGCAGGCUUCGAAGGCCACUUUCCGAGAAAUUGGAGCCGUUGUAAAAGUAUGAUGGCGGUAAACCUAGCUCGGAACCAUUUGAAGGGCAAUGAUCAUCGACUACGUAACUUUAUCGUGGCAUCUGUGAUAUCUGGUUUCGUUGCAGUGGCUUUGAUUUUGAUAGCUCUGAUCUGUUACAGCAGAAGGAAGAAGAAGCCGGUGACAACAACUGCGAUUGAGAUUCCAGCCUCGACUGAGUCAGAGAAAGUCAUCCUCUUCAGUGACGUAGGCGUGGAUCUGACCUUUGAUGACAUAGUCGAGGCAACGGAUAAUUUCAACAUAAGAAAAUGCAUUGGAAGCGGCGGAUUUGGCAAGACCUACCACGCACAAAUAGCUUCGGGGAGAAAUGUGGCGGUCAAGAGGCUGACUGCGGAGAGGCACCGAGGCGCGGGGCAGUUCCACGCCGAGGUGAGCACGUUAAGCCAAAUUAGGCACCCUAAUCUCAUCACGCUCUUGGGCUAUUACGCGUGUGCACCGGAGAUGAUGUUGAUAUAUAACUAUCUGCCCGGAGGGAAUCUCGACCAGUUCAUCAGGGAUCGCACGAGGAGAGCCUUCGACUACGCGAUGCUGCACAAGAUCGCACUCCACAUCGCCUCCGCGCUCUGCUACCUGCACAACCAGCGCAUCCUGCACCGAGAUAUCAAGCCUAGCAACAUCCUGUUGGAUGGCAACUGCAACGCAUAUCUGGCGGACUUUGGACUCAGCAAGAUACUCGAGGGUGCUGAGAGCCAUGCCAUGACGCGCGUGGCUGGGACCUACGGGUACAUAUCUCCUGAGUACGCGCUGACAGGGGUGGUCUCGGACAGGGCGGACGUGUUCAGCUAUGGCGUGGUGCUUCUGGAGCUCAUGUCGGAGAAGCGGGUGCUCGACCCCUCGUUCUACUUGCACCAAAAUGGAUUCAACAUCGUGUCGUGGGCGUGUAUGCUGCUCGAGCAGGGUCAGGUGAAGGAGGUGUUUGCGGACGGCCUGUGGGACGCAGGACCACAUGACAAACUGGUGAAAUUGCUGUACGUGGCCGUGAUGUGCACCGUCGAGUCUGUUACGGAGCGGCCGGCAAUUAGGCAGGUGGUGGACCAGUUGCAGCAGAUUGAGCCUUGUAGUGAUUGA